AUGUCUACCGGACUGGAUUCGUACGCAGCCUUUGAGGCAAGAGCCAUCAAAAUAGGUUUAGAGCCUGAGGUCAUCAAGCUGCUGAAGGAUGGAGGCGUGAAUAGCUUCGGAUCCUAUGCGUUUGUCACGGCAUACCAGCCUGGACAGGGUGAUGAGCAACCCCUUGUUGACUCCCUCAAGACCAUCAUGAAACGAGCACCCACAGCAACUGAGAUGAUCGGCCUUAGGCGUCUUUUCUUCGAAAGUUGCACCUUGGCAUUGAGUGAGCUGCAGCAAAGAUCAGAGAACAAUAGCAACCCGGAGCCUUCCAAAAUGCCCAUUGCCGAGCGCAAUUCACGGUUGGCGUUGCAGAGGGAUAGGCUGAAAGGAGUUCAUUUUAGCACAGAGACCGAGCCAUCGCAUAAACUAGCUGACUUGGUCAACCAGUUUGCCAUCGACCAGAGCGUAGAGUGGCUACCAUGGGAAAAGCUGACCUCCCGGUCCAGUGAGAUCACCCAUUCGGAGAAGGAUCUGCGCAUUUCUUUUGAUUCGUCAGGCAACUUGAAGCUGGCCCCAAAGGAGUCGGCCAACGAGGCCCCUGUGAAUGGAGAGAUGCGGAUUCGGCAGGCGCUAGCGCGACGAGCGCGCGCGUUUGACCUUGCAGAAUUAUGCAGUUUUACCAAAAUGGAGGAGUGGCAUGAGAAGCUCUUUGAGGCAUACCAAAGGGAGCCCUUGCCGAACGCCAUGCCCUUGUCGUUGAGUCAGCUUCGGGAAGCCGAUAAGGUUUUGUUUAGGAAGCUGGCUGAAAAGACAAGGGGAUCUUUGGUGCAAAAGGCAGAUGGUACAAAGCCCAUGGAAGCCGCCAUGGAUGACCUCAUGAAUUGUGCAGAGGUCCAGUUUUGUCUCAUUCCAAUGGUCAAGCAGUCACAGGCUCCCUCCACAUCGUUCGAGCAUUCCUCUCCGAAAGGCAAAGGCAAGACAAAGUCUCCCAAUAAGCCGAAAAAUGAUUUCCAGCAGAAGCAUGCAGGGGAUAUCAUUUGUGUUGGAAGUGCUUUAAGCCUGUGCCCUAUGCCAGUUGCGACCACGGAGGAUCCGUGGAGUAACAAGCCAGAGCGAUUAGAGAAGAUCCGGGAAUUGCUUGUGGACUUGAAGAAAGGCGGAAAGGUCACCAAGAGGCAAGCGCAAGUCAUCCAUGGUAACCUAAACUUUGCUAUGGGUUUUUGCAUGGGUCACACGUUGAAGAUUGCCGCACGGGCUUUUGCAUCCUUGUCUGCCGGCGAUCAGAACGUCAGCCCUAAGGCGCUGAAUAAUUUGUGUGACUGGACCUUGGACCUUUUGAAGUUGCUGAAUCCGAGAGAGUGGACCGCUGGGAUGACUGGCGACCCGGUUGUGAUUUUCACUGACGCUGCUUACGAAGACGGAGUUGCUACUUACGGCAUUGUGUUCCUAGAUGCUCCAGCGGGAUACCGCACAGCGCUGGGCGGACGCAUCCCGGAUUUCCUUGUGAAUGUGUGGCAUGAGCUUGGGAGCGAACAAGUGAUCACGUUGGCUGAAGCUUUUGCCGCUCUUCUGGCAAGAUACCUUUUCCGAUCUAGGAUCUUGAAGAGAAGGCUACUUGUAUUCAUUGACAAUGAGGGUGCCAGGCACACGCUGAUUAAAGCGUCCAGCCAUACCCUGGCCCUCUUGCAGAUUGCUCAACUCUUCAACUCCUGCAGCGAAUAUGAUUUUGCCCUGGCAUGGAUCGAGAGG